AGGGAGGACGAGUCGAGCUGUGAACGCGCGCGGGGUGCUGCGGCUCUGCCUGGCUCGUGCGGGGCCGUUGGAGCCUCUCCCGGAGCCGGAGAAGUUUGUGUCUCCCGGCUCUGGGCAUGCGCAGAUCUGGGGUGGGGGCAGUCACGCAUGCGCAGAGGCAGCGAUCACCCGCUGCGGCGCUGCAGCCUCCAGGAUAUUGGGGUUCAGGUUCCUCUGUCAGAUGCUGCAGUCUCCAUUGUGAUCUGGAAGACCAGGCUUAGCAGCUGCUGCUCCCCCAGUGGGGGUUCUGUGCUGGGAUGUGACCUUUUAAAUAAAGCUUCUUCUCUGCACUGCCCACUUGAUGACUUUCUCCAGCCUUGGGGCAGACCUGAGCCCUGUUUAUACUAAAUUCUGAGCCACAAACUCCAGACAGGCUGCAGAAUGAUGUCCAUGUUUCGCUCCAGCUCAUCCCGUCCUCCCAUGGGAUAGGGAAGAGAAAUGGCUGCAGUGGAGCCAGCUCAGAGACCGGUGACCUUCGAGGAGGUGGCUGUGUAAAAGAGUGGGCUCUGCUGGACCCUGCUUAGGAGCCCUCUACAGACAAGUCAUGCAGAAGAACUAUGAGAGUGUGACCUCGCUGGGUGAUGCAAUGAUAUGUGAGAAAGAGGAGCAGAAUUUUCAGCAGGAAAAUGUUGAGCAAGUGGAUAAACACAGAGCAUUAUCACAAAGAUUGGAAGAGAAUGUGUCCAGGAGUCAUGAGCAGGGACAAUCCUGUGAGAUUCAGCGCAGACCAGAAAGAGAGCAGGGAAACCAGCCAGGGGAGAAAGUGGGUAAAUGUAUUUCCUGUCGAGGAACUCAGAAAGACCUCAAGGAAACCACAACCCAGCAGGAAAUCCUCAUGGGAAAGAGAAAAAAUACAUGCACUGAGUGUGGAAAAAACGUCUGUGACUACUCAGCCCUUAUAAAGCAUCAGAGAAUCCACACAGGAGAGAGGCCAUAUGAAUGCAGUGAGUGUGGGAAAAACUUUACUCGCAGAUCACACCUUAUUACCCAUCAGAGAAUCCACACAGGGGAAAGGCCCUAUAAAUGCAGUGAGUGUGGGAAAAGCUUCACUACCAGCUCAGCCCUUUCUGAACAUCAAAGAAUCCACACAGGGGAGAGACCCUAUGAAUGCAGUGAGUGUGGGAAAACCUUCACUCGCAGCUCGCACCUUACUAGGCAUCAGACAAUCCACACAGGGGAGAGCCCCUAUGAAUGCCGUGAGUGUGGGAAAAGCUUCAGUACCAGCUCAGCCCUUUCUGAACAUCAGAGAAUCCACACAGGGGAGAGGGCCUAUGAAUGCAGUGAGUGUGGGAAAAACUUUACUCACAGAUCAGGCCUUUUUCUACAUCAAAGCAUCCACACAGGGGAGAGGCCCUAUGAAUGCUGUGAGUGUGGGCAAACCUUCAGUCGCAGUUCACACCUUAGUACGCAUCAGAGAAUCCACACAGGAGAGAGGCCCUAUGAAUGCCGUGAGUGUGGGAAAAGAUUCACUACCAGCUCAGCCCUUUCUGAACAUCUGAGAAUCCACACAGGGGAGAGGCCCUAUGAAUGCCAUGAGUGCGGGAAAAGCUUCACUGUCAGCUCAUCCCUUUCUGAACAUCAGAGAAUCCACACAGGGGAGAAGCCCUAUGAAUGCAGUGAGUGUGGGAAAACCUUCAGUCGCAGCUCAUACCUUUUUCAACAUCAGAGAAUCCACACUGGUGAGAGGCCCUAUAAAUGCACUGAGUGUGGGAAAAAAUUCACUACCAGCUCAGCCCUUUCUGAUCAUCAGAAAAUCCACACCAGUGUGAGACCCUAUAAAUGUACUGAGUGUGGGAAAACCUUCAAUCACAGAUCAACCCUUAUUAGACAUCAGAGAAUCCACACAGGGGAAAGGCCCUAUGAAUGCAGUGAGUGUGGGAAAACCUUCAUAAACAGUUCGAACCUUAUUAGGCAUCAGAGAAUCCACACAGGAGAGAGGCCCUAUCAAUGCAGUGAGUGUGGGGAAAGCUUCACUACCAGCUCAGCCCUUUCUGAACAUCAGAGAAUCCACACAGGGGAGAGGCCCUAUGAAUGCAGCGAGCGUGAGAAUACCUUCUCUUGGCACUCAGCCCAUGAUAGGCAUCAGAGAAUCUGCAAGGGAGAUCAACACCAUAAAAACCUCUAGGGCUAUCCAUACUUUUUUCUUUAAUACUUUUCCUGAUUCCCACAUACUAACUUUUAAAGCUGUUUGAACUGUUUGCUGCACAGUUAUCCCUCAGCUUGUCCAGAUGAGUGGUGCAUUUUUGCCUUUUGCCAUUCACCCUGUUUUGAAGUUGACCUAUUUGUCCUUUCUGUCAACUCCAUUGUCCCAUGACUAUUUCAAGUGUGCCCUUCCUAUCCGGAACGAGGGAGCAUCACAUUUAUACCAUUCCUUCUAUUGCAAAGUUAUUGUUAAAGUCACCAAUUAUACAGAUUGUAUCAUUUCCAGUUGUUCUCACGUUGCUCUGGGUUGUGCUGAAGAGCAGUUAUAUUGGGAACUUUUCAAAUUAUAUUUAAAUGAAGAGGAGCGGGGCAGGGGGAAAGGGGGUCAUUUCGGCCUCUGUGACACUGGAAGGGGAUGGGAUGACUCAGAGAUUACCUCCUUCCCCAUCACUGCAGAACUGAUACCUUUUGUCUGAGCCAUGCACAGUUUAUCUUCAUUACAUUCUACCCAUCCACUUCUCAAAGUGUCAUGUGAGGAACAGUUUUCAGCUGUCUGUGCUUGGAGAUGUUGCUUUGACUUAUUUAAUCCUAAAUCAGAGUCAUUGUGACUGGAGAUGAAAGUAUUAAAGACCUGGAAGGGGAAUUCAAAUGGGACCCCAAACACAGUGUGAUCAUUUGGAGUUAAAAUCGCAGGUUCUAUCUGUUUGGUAAAGCCACUUCUGGCAAGGUGGCUGUCACCCCCCCACAUCCCCAUUAUUUGGAUGCUAGGAUAGUAUAAAUGUUGUAAAUAACAUAACUGACUAUUGAGACAGUGCUGAGUGAAGUAUGUUUGAAUGAAUCAGAGGAGAAUGUGAUGGGAGAAUCUCUUGUCCCGAUUCUGAAUAAUCAGAUGUAACCUGCUCCGGAAUUUCACUUGACACUUUCAUUGUCAUGUAUUCUAUCUCUCUCUGUGAUGUGGAUUUCUAUGUUUCCUGAAGGCUGUUUCGUCACCCAAUUGGAUAUUAGUUCAGUUUGAUAGGAUGUAGCUCAGAUUUAUUGGAGAAUUUAAGACCAAUGACCAUUUACUAAACUCA